AGUACAUGGGGAUUGCCGGCGAGAAAUAUUUCAUGAUUCACAUGUUCACAAUAGCAAUAAGUCAAUAACCCAACGAUGUUUUGUCCACAUUGUGGAAAAGAAAAGGAUGAAAAUGCAAAUUUUUGCGAGAACUGUGGUGCAAGUGUAUCAGAAAUUAAACCUUCGGCCUCAAGUCAACAACCGUUAACUUUCGAAGAGUACAUAAAGAAGAACGCAGUCGCCAAUCCUUGCACUGAUCGUGGCGAUCAACUAGGAAAUUCCCACCGCGCUGGUAGUUCGUCUACCUUUCAAAUUAUUAGAAAAAGGAAGUCAAAUGAACGAUUUAGUCAAAUAAAAAAAAAGGAGAAGAAAGAUGAAGUAGUGAAGAUAAAGAUUGGAAUAAUUGAACUCGACGGUAAAAGACUUAAAAUAAGAAGAUCUUCUUUACUUCCUGUUGAUGUUCGAAAAUCAGAUACAUUAGUUCCUGUAAAGAAUGCCGGAGUUCAGAAACAGCUUGCCCACAACAGACAUCUCAGAGAUCAUAAUGAAACUGAGUGGCUUUUACUUUACCCUGAUAUGGAUAUCGUGAGAAAUAUUCCUGGAAGCAGUGAAAAAUUCUCUGUGGAAAAAUAUAAAAAUGAACUUGGACGUCCAUACAGUCGAGUAAAUUUGUACAUUUGCAAAAUGCUUGAUUUUGAAGUAGCCAAUGAUUUGACUGAAGACCUCAAGGAAGCGGUUGUUCCAGAUACUGCUGAUGUUUUUGAAGAUAAUUCUGUGCAAGAAAAUUCUUCACAAAUUAUAUGUGAACUGGGAAAUUCUCAACAAGUCAAUGCAACACCAGAUAAUUUUGUGGAAGUUAAUCAUGCUCAUACCAAUGCUGUUCCAGCUAGUCUUGUAAAAGCUAGUCUAGUGGAGGCCAGCCAUGUUCAAACAAAUCCUGUUCCAAGCAAUGUUGUUAAUGUUGAUAAUAGUUGUGUGGAAGCUGUUUCCUUUCAGGUUGAUUCAUUUUCAGUUGAGCAAAUCAUUAUGGAACCAGGUGAAAUGCCUGCGCAAAUUUUUCAGGAUGCAGAUGUAACUGAAUCCCUACUAGAUAUUAUUGAACCAGAGCCAAAUCUUGUACAACCAGCUCAAGUUAAUUUACCCGAGGAACAAUUGCAUGUGCUAGAUCUGCUAAUCCAUCGCACAACCCUUUUGAAAGAUAUGAUAACAGAAUUUUAUAAUCCAAAUGUAUUGAAAUCUACUAUAUUUUUUAAAGUAGUUGAUGCAAGAGGUAUGUUUGAGGAGGGAGAAGGAAGAGGUGUUGCACGUGAUCUUCUUACAGAGUUUUGGCACCUUUUUUAUCAGUCAUUAUCUAUUGGAGCAUCUACCAAGGUGCCAGCCAUUCGUCAUGAUUAUCAAAAGCUGGAAUGGGAGGCAGUGGCUAGAAUCAUGUUGUAUGGCUACUGCAAAGAAGGAGUGUUCCCCAUUACAUUGUGUUCAGCUUUUGUUGCAUGUACUCUCCAUGGUGAAGACAGUGUUUCUUGUGAAGUGCUGUUAAACUCUUUCAUGGAGUAUAUGGCUGAAGACGAGAGAGAAGUGGUUGAUAACUUAAUGAAAAAUCGAUCACAGAUAUGUAAAAAUGAAGACUUACUUGAAGUUUUAGGAAGCUACAAGUGCUAUCUCAAUCCCACAGAAGAAAAUAUUGAAGAUAUAUUAUGCCAAUUAGCUCACCAAGAACUUAUCCAAAGACCGCGGUACGUUUCCAAUUGUUGGGCAACAAUAUUGCAAUCAAAUUAAAUGAGAUAUGAUCUUCGCACUUAGCUGGACAAUUUUUUAAGCAA